AAUAAAACAUUAAUUAAUAUACAUUUUCUGAAGUUAAAUGUUAAAUAAAAUUCGUUUCCGACAAGUUAAAAUGGUGAGCCCUAAAUCUGAGCUCGCCUUUUAUUUUCUCUCACCUUUUUCCGCCAUCUUUAACGGCGGAAAUGCUACGAACUCUCAGAUCUCGUCGCCGGCCCCGCUACGGCGCACACAUCUGCGCCAUUAUCGCCGCGCUUCUCCUCCUUCUCUCAGUUUCUCUCCUCCACACGCGCCUUUCUCAACCGCAACAUCUUCUUGACCGCCCCAAGCCUCUACUGAUUGACGGUGCCUUCGAUUCCGAUGCUUCCAGUUUUUCCAUCGAGGACAAGAACGAUGAACUUGACAACUCCGAUGAAGGACAAGAAAACGAAGCAGUAGAUUCUGAAACUCAAGAUCAAGUUCGCGACCAACGUAAGGUUUCUUCAAAUGGCUAUUACUUUGAUCACGUGACGGGAUCAAUCAAGCUUGCGUUUAAUAAAAGAUCAAUUGAUGAGUGGGAUUUUGAUCGCUUAAGUUUUAAUAGUGUUAGUGAUUUUAGCGUAGAUGAUAAUAUUAAGGGCGUGUUUGGAUCAGAUGAUGUACCGGUAGAUGAUGAGGUGAGGAGGAAGAUGAUUGAAGUUAUUGGAAUUGAAGAUGCUUUGUUGUUGAAGGCAGGGAAGAGGGUUUCACCGUUGAGAGAGAAAUGGGGCGAGUGGUUCGAUAAGAAGAGUGAGUUUUUGAGGAGGGAUAAGAUGUUUAAGUCACAUUUGGAGGUUUUGAAUCCAAUGAAUAAUCCGUUGUUGCAGGAUCCGGAUGGGGUUGGUGUUAGUGGACUCACUAGAGGUGAUAGACUUGUGCUGAAGGGGUUGUUCAAUGAGUUUAAGCGUGUUCCAUUUUCUGGGAAGAAGCCUCCAGGAGUUGGAGAUGGUAGGAAGAGUGAGAUUAAGCGGGCGGAUCGCAGGACUUUGAAGGAUAAUGCAAGUAAUGGAACACAUAGUGGGGGAGUGAAUGAUGAUGGCAAUGAGAAUUUAAGCUUAAUUGCAAACGUGAGGUUAGUGAACGAGAGUACUAGCAAUAAGGUAAAUAAGUCUUAUGAGAAAUUGAGCAAUGAGAGUAGUAAGAAUGAUAAGGUAGUGGGAAGUUCUGAAGGUUAUGAGAAGAAGGAUGAGUUUGCGAGUCAUGUAUACGCUGAUGGAACAAUAUGGGGUUACUAUCCUGGUUUGCAUUCUAGGUUGUCUUUUUCAGGUUUUAUGGAAGCAUUCUUUAGGAAGGGGAAGUGCGAUAUGAGGGUUUUUAUGGUGUGGAAUUCACCUCCUUGGAUGUAUAGUGUCAGGCACCAACGAGGGCUUGAGAGUUUGCUUUUCCAUCAUCGAGAUGCUUGUGUUGUGGUGUUUUCUGAGACAAUUGAGCUUGACUUUUUUAAAGACAGCUUUGUGAAGGAUGGUUACAAAGUUGCGGUAGUCAUGCCAAAUCUUGAUGAACUGCUUAUGGAUACACCUGCCCAUAUAUUUGCUUCUGUCUGGUUUGAAUGGAGAAAGACAAAGUUUUACAGUACCCACUAUAGUGAGCUUGUUCGGCUUGCUGCUCUGUAUAAAUAUGGUGGUAUCUACCUUGAUUCUGAUAUUAUAGUUCUGAAUAAGUUGUCUCAACUUAACAACACUGUUGGUCUGGAGGAUCAACUUGCUGAUAGUCCUGUGAAUGGUGCUGUGAUGACAUUUAGGAAACACAGCCUGUUCAUAUUGGAGUGCUUGAACGAAUUUUAUAUGACAUAUGAUGAUACUCGUUUGAGAUGGAAUGGAGCUGAUCUUUUGACUAGAGUUGGAAGAAAGUUUUCGAGUAAAGAGAGUAAAUCUCUCAAACAACUGGAGUUGAAAGUACAACCCUCUUUUAUAUUCUUCCCUAUCAGUUCACAGAAUAUUACAAGAUACUUCACCGCUCCAACAACAGAGAAUGAAAGAGCUGAACAAGAUGCUCUACUAAGGAAGAUCGUGAGUGGAUCUUUGACCUUUCAUUUUUGGAACAGCAUGACUUCUGCGAUCAUUCCUGAGCCAGAGAGCCUUGUAAGCAGGCUCAUUGACAAUUCCUGUAUCCAUUGCACGGAUGUGUUGUGAGUUUCCUGUAUCCUCCAAUCUCUUCUGGAACCACUCAAAGUAGGAUAUAAAAAUAUUUCAUUUUCAGAGCUUUAUUCAUCUAUUGUAACAUGAGAAGCAGACUAAUACAUUCAGCUGUACAGUUUUGUACAUCAAUAUGCGAGAUUGUAUUAGAAAGGAAAAGUGUUGUUCAUUCAUUGAUGUCAGAAUAUCAAUCAAUUGCUGACAAUUUUUUUUAUUCAUUGUGUACUGUAGAGGCAAUUUGUAAUAGUUUCUUCUUCAAUUUUGUUUAUUCAA